UGGGCCGAUCGCUUCGGUAGCUCCCUUGUGCGUUAAAUACCUGAGGAUACCUAAUCAUUGUGCACAGGACGUCAAUCACACGCCGAGAACAGAAUCGAUUUACUCUUAACAUGCAAACGUUUACUUGGAUAUAUCGAAAUAAAUGCUUUGUUAUUACUAUCAAAUUUUAAUUAAACUAAAUACGAUUUUUUAAGUAAUUAAAAAAUAUCUGUCAGUCAUAAUUUCGGGAAAUAAAAAUUUAAUAAUAAUAACGAAGCAUUUAUUUCGCCGCAUACAAAUAUGCGUUUGGUAACAGUAAAUAAACCCCUGUCUCACUGUCAGUGUAGAUAUAUUCGACAAAUAAACCUCGGCUCACGAUAGCUACUUUCAAAUCGAAAGCUCACCGUAUCUGUUAAUCGGCGAGUCGGCAUUAACAUUAAAUAUUUUCAAUUGGUCAAGCUACAUCGUCGAGAGAAGUUGCAGAGCACAGAGCCAGUGUAAAAUAAUAAUCGUCGUAUCCAGGGCUCUGAGUCAUAGAUUCAAAAAAUGUUGUUUAGUAUCGGACUAUUUUUUACCCUGAUCGCGGGACUUCUUUACGGAUUGCACUACUCGGUUCGCGGAGGCAGAAAAGGCGAACUGAUCGACAAAAUUCCCGGGCCAUACGCUUGGCCGUUCGUUGGCAAUGUUUUCAAGUUUUUGGUACCCCUAGAGGAAUUUUGGAACAUAGGUCACAGGAUAAACUGGGAAUUCUACCCCAUUAAUCGGAUUUGGAGCAUCGAUAUUCCACACGUGAACCUUUAUCAUCCCGACGACGUCGAGGCCAUACUUACAAGCAUGAAGCACAUAAAAAAAAGCGUUUUCUACAGUUUUAUUCAUCCGUGGCUCGGUACCGGUCUUCUGACCAGCGAAGGGUCGAAGUGGCACACGCGAAGAAGAAUCCUCACGCCGGCUUUUCACUUCAACGUACUGCAACAAUUCAUGGCGAUUUUCAACGAGCAGAGCGAGAAGCUCGUGAAAUCGCUUUGCCUCGAGGGAGACGAAGUCGUCGACGAUCUCGUCCACCUUCUCCACAAAUUCACGCUCAACUCGAUUUGCGAAACCGCGAUGGGCGCGACAUCGGAGGUGAAUGGGCAAGUUCAGAACGAAUACAGAUCUUGCGUUUCGAAAAUGGGAGACAUAACGCUUUACCGAAUGCUAAGGCCUUGGUGGCACUCAAACUGGAUGUUCAAGUUUUCCCAAAAGUUCAAAUGUCAAGUUCGAGCGCUCAAAGUUCUUCACGGUUUUUCAACAAAUAUCAUCAACGAGCGUAAACGAUAUCACGACGAGACCGGAGGUCAAUUUUUACAAGGACUCGGCGGUGAUGGAGAUCCGGGUGUCUACAGUUUCGAAGAUAAAAAUUUCAAGAGCAGACGGCGCUUGACUAUGCUGGAUCUUCUGAUCUCAUCUUCCAAGCGUGAGGGCAGCAUAGACGACGAAGGAAUCAGGGAAGAAGUUGACACUUUUAUAUUCGAGGGUCACGACACGACCGCUAUGGCGAUAUGUUUCACGUUGAUGCUGCUAGCGGAAAACAAACAGAUUCAGGACGAAGCGAGAGCUGAAGUCGACGAGGUAUUCGAAGGAAAGAAAGACGAGAAAUUGUCAAUGCGCGAAGUCCAGGGCUUGGCCUAUCUGGAAAGAUGCAUCAAAGAAUCUCUGCGAUUGUUUCCAAGUGUGCCGUUCGUAUCUCGUCACAUAUCCGAAGACCUGCAACUCAAGAACUAUUUGGUGCCCGGAGGGACGGUCGUUAACGUUCACAUUUACGACCUACACAGAGAUCCCAACUUUUGGCCAGACCCUUUAGUCUUUGAUCCGGACAGAUUUUUACCCGAACAAUCGCAAGGACGUCAUCCGUUCGCCUUCGUGCCUUUCAGCGCUGGACCGCGAAACUGCAUCGGUCAGAAAUUUGCGAUGCUGGAAUUGAAGGUGCUGGUGGCGCAUUUCUUGCACAAUUUCUAUUUGGAGCCGCUCGAUUUUUCACGCGAUGUACGAAUCCUUCCCGACUUGGUUCUACGACCAUCAAAGCCUAUCCGCCUGAAAUUUGUCCCGAGAUCGCACAGUAAUCAAGUUGACUGUGGAAAACACUCGCUUGGAUUUUAUCACCUCUCAUCACCCGAUCUGAUGGUCGGUGAAACAAUGUUCUUGAGCAUCGCGCUAUUUUUUACCCUGGUCGCGGGACUUCUUUACGGAUUGCACUACUCGAUUCAUGGAAGCAGGAAAGGUGAACUCGUCGAUAAAAUUCCUGGACCAUACGCUUGGCCGAUCAUUGGCAACAUUCUCACCUUCCAGGUACCCCUGGAUGAAUUAUGGAACCUGGUUCGUAAGUUGAACAGGGAUUAUUACCCCAUUCAUCGACUUUGGAGCAUCAGCGUUCCAGUCGUGACUGCUUAUCAUCCGGAUGACGUAGAGGUUUUAUUUUCAAACAUACGGCACAUCGAAAAAAGUUUCAUAUACAAAUUUCUUCAUCCAUGGCUAGGAGCCGGUCUUUUAACCAGCACAGGGAAAAAAUGGCACGAACGAAGGAAAAUCCUCACGCCAGCUUUUCACUUCAACGUACUGCAACAAUUCAUGGCGAUUUUCAACGAGCAGAGCGAGAAGCUCGUGAAAUCGCUUUGCCUCGAGGGAGACGAAGUCGUCGACGAUCUCGUCCACCUUCUCCACAAAUUCACGCUCAACUCGAUUUGCGAAACCGCGAUGGGCGCGACGUCGGACUUGAAUGGGCAAGUUCAGAACGAAUACAGAUCUUGCGUUUCGGAAAUGGGAGACAUAACGCUUUACCGAAUAGUCCGACCUUGGUGGCACUUGGACUGGAUGUUCAAGUUUUCGCGAAAAUUCAAAGAACAAGUUCGAGCGCUCAAAGUUCUUCACGGUUUCUCGACAAAUAUCAUCAACGAGCGUAAACGAUAUCACGACGAGACCGGAGGUCGAUUUCUAAAAGGACUUGGCCGUGAUAGCGAGUCGAGUAUCUACGGCUUCGACGACGAAAGUGUCAAGGGCAAACGACGUUUGGCUAUGCUGGAUCUACUUAUCUCAGCUUCCAGGCGUGAAGACAGCAUAAACGACGAAGGAAUCAGAGAAGAAGUCGAUACUUUCGUAUUCGAGGGACACGACACGACCGCUAUGGCGCUAUGUUUCGCGCUAUUGCUGCUAGCCGAAAACAAACACAUUCAGGACAAAGCGAGAGCUGAAGUCGACGAAGUAUUCGAAGGAAAGAAAGACGAGAAAUUGUCAAUGCGCGAAGUCCAGGGCUUGGCCUACCUGGAAAGAUGCAUCAAAGAAUCUCUGCGAUUGUUUCCAAGUGUGCCGCUCGUAUCUCGUCACAUAUCCGAAGACCUGCAACUCAAGAACUAUUUGGUGCCCGGAGGGACGGUCGUUAACGUUCACAUUUACGACCUACACAGAGAUCCCAACUUUUGGCCAGACCCUUUAGUCUUUGAUCCGGACAGAUUUUUACCCGAACAAUCGCAAGGACGUCAUCCGUUCGCCUUCGUGCCUUUCAGCGCUGGACCGCGAAACUGCAUCGGUCAGAAAUUUGCGAUGCUGGAAUUGAAGGUGCUGGUGGCGCAUUUCUUGCACAAUUUCUAUUUGGAGCCGCUCGAUUUUUCAUGUGAUGUAAAAAUCGUUUCCGACUUGGUCAUCCGGCUAACAAAACCUGUUCGCAUGAAAUUUGUCUCAAGAUCAGAGAAGAAUCAUAAUAUUAAAAAAUAUUUUUUACUCGGAUAUUUUUCUCCCCGCCAACGUCGGGUCUGCAGUCAUUCGUGUUCGUACGUCCAAAUGCAUUAUCUCACCAUCGCGGACGCGUGUUCGUGUGCGUUCACAGCAUCCGCGAGGUGGAGUUCGACGAGCGAGGGGUAUAGCUCGAUCGCGGGAGUUCUUUACGGAUUACACUACUUGGUUCGCGGUGGCAGGAGAGGUGAACUUAUAGAUAAAAUUCCCGGCCCACACGCCUGGCCUUUUAUCGGUAAUAUCUUAAUAUUCCUAGUGUCUCACGCCGAAUUGUGGAACUUGAGUCGCAGGCUGAACAAAGAGUAUUACCCCAUUAAUCGGGUCUGGAGUGUCAAAGCUCCAGUAGUCAACGUUUUUCAUCCGGACGACGUCGAGGCCUUGAUUUCAAGCACGAAGCACAUCGAAAAAAGCACUUUGUACUCUUUCCUCCAUCCGUGGCUCGGCACCGGACUUUUGACUAGCAAAGGGAAAAAAUGGCACGAACGAAGGAAAAUCCUCACGCCGGCUUUUCACUUCAACGUACUGCAACAAUUCGUGGCGAUUUUCAACGAGCAGAGCGAGAAGCUCGUGAAAUCGCUUUGCCUCGAGGGAGACGAAGUCGUCGACGAUCUCGUCCACCUUCUCCACAAAUUCACGCUCAACUCGAUUUGCGAAACCGCGAUGGGCGCGACGUCGGAGUUAAAUGGGCAAGUUCAGAACGAAUACAGAUUUUGCGUUUCGAAAAUGGGAGACAUAACGCUUUACCGAAUGCUAAGGCCUUGGUGGCACUCAAACUGGAUGUUCAAGUUUUCCCAAAAGUUCAAAUGUCAAGUUCGUGCGCUCAAAGUUCUUCACGGUUUUUCAACAAAUAUCAUCAACGAGCGUAAACGAUAUCACGACGAGACCGGAGGUCAAUUUUUACAAGGACUCGGCGGUGAUGGAGAUCCGGGCAUUUACAGUUUCGACGACGAAAAUGUCAAGGGCAAAGGACGCCCGGCUAUGCUGGAUCUCCUCAUCUCAGCUUCCAGGCGUGAAGGCAGCAUAGACGACGAAGGAAUCAGAGAAGAAGUCGAUACUUUCAUAUUCGAGGGUCACGACACUACGGCUAUGGCGUUAUGUUUCACGUUGAUGCUGCUGGCCGAAAACGAAGACAUUCAAGAAAAAGCGAGAAUUGAGGUCGACGAGGUAUUCGAAGGAAAGGAAGACGAGAAAUUGUCAAUGCGCGAAGUCCAGGGCUUGGCCUAUCUGGAAAGAUGCAUCAAAGAAUCUCUGCGAUUGUUUCCAAGUGUGCCGUUCGUAUCUCGUCACAUAUCCGAAGACCUGCAACUCAAGAAGUAUGUGGUCCCCGGGGGAACAAUUGUUCACGUUCACAUUUUCGACGUCCACAGGGAUCCCAAUUUCUGGCCAGACCCUUUAGUCUUUGAUCCGGACAGAUUUUUACCCGAACAAUCGCAAGGACGUCAUCCGUUCGCCUUCGUGCCUUUCAGCGCUGGACCGCGAAACUGCAUCGGUCAGAAAUUUGCGAUGCUGGAGUUGAAGGUGCUGGUGGCGCAUUUCUUGCACAAUUUCUAUUUGGAGCCGCUCGAUUUUUCACGCGAUGUACGAAUCCUUCCCGACUUGGUUCUACGACCAUCAAAGCCUAUCCGCCUGAAAUUUGUCCCGAGAUUACAAAGUGAUUAGCUAUAACUAUAGUUUUCAUGACGUACUUUCCAACUGACACAAUUAUGCAACGCAUGUAACUUGGUACAUUAAAUUUUGUUCGCUUGUAGACAUAAGCUUGAAACGCAAGCACUCUGUAAAAGUGUACAACAAGAAUGGUAGAAGAUGAGUUUCGUUUUGUUUCUUCUUGUACUGCUCAGCUGUGAAAUAAGAAAGACAAAUGUUAUAUGAAUACAUCUGUAAUAAGUGACAAAUAGAAGAUGAGAUAAACAAUUUUCUUACAACAGA